AUCAUUCUCAUUUUCAAUAGUUUUAUUCCCGUACGCGUUGCUGAUGCCAAGUGUUGUCAUCCCAUUUAUGAUAAAGAAUCCGUUCGAGUAAGAGGGGGAGGAUAUAUAAUCAUUGAUAACGCAAACAGCUGUUCAAGUAUCGAUGAGGCAGCUGGUUGCAUCACUGAAGGUAACUUCAGGUGACUUGAUUUCCUCAGAUCUGCACGUGAGCUGCAACUGUGUAAUAAGUGAAGUUGAUCUGUUUCAAUUACUGAGUGAUGUAGUCCCCAGAUAGUAUAAAACCUCUUGAGGGCAAGUGGAUGUUCCAGAAAAAGUCGGCAUUAAUAGGAAAGUGGUGAUAGACAAUGUGCUACUAGUAGCUUGAGUAUUUCUACAAAAGUUAGACUUGAAACAAGAAGAAACCUUUGAUCCAAUGGCUGCAAAGCUUGCCAUACCACCAGCGGGUGUCAAUCUAGGUUUUCUAUGCCACAAUUUGCACGUAAAGGCAGUUUUCUUGUGCGACGAAUUCAAGCGAGAUAACUUCAUGGAGGUUCCGGAUGGAGACCCUCGCAACAUUACAUAUGGUGGCUUGAGUCACUCUAAUCGUGUGGACUACGGUAGUCAGCAAGGAUAUAGCAUCUAUAAUCAGCUGUCCCUUAUGUUCACGCAUAGUAGCCCUUCCUAAAACUAGCCAUCACACUUAAGGUCCAAAUAAUCCAUCGAUUCGAACAAAUUGAAGAAUUCACUAAUAAGUAUAAACAUACUUCCGACAGCCAGCUUUGAUACCAUCCGAAGUAAUGAGACUGGACCAGAUCAUUCGAAGGCUACCGGUCCAGUUCCAUUCUAAUCCUAAAAAACGCGACCUCUGUCCUGAAUCUUUGCAGGCCUCAUUUAAUCAAUAGCUCAUGAAAUGUCAACCAUCAAAACUGAAUAUGCAAAGUAGAACUGUGGAUUAACCAGUAGCUUAUCAGAAGGAUAAAUAUACAGAUCCCGACGUUAGAAAAAAAUUGAUGUUGAAUCUCUUUGAAAUAAGAAAAACGAAACAGUAUUGCAUUCUUGAAAUCCAUAAGAGAGCAGGUCACUGAACCGACUAAGCAACAGUUAGCAAACAACAAAACGAAUCGAAAAAUGUGUCAGCCAAUACCUAAUGCACCACAUUUACUGCACUGUUUCUAAAGCGAAACAACACCAACAGCAAGAGCACACAUAAUCGACCGUUGAAAGAAAAAAUAAAUGCAAUUGAUCCAGCAGCCGAUAAAACAAUAACAAAAAUACUCCCCGCGACAAUAAGUGUACACAAUAUCUAUGUAUGCAAAGAGAGCCGCCAGGGACAGCAAGUUACGCACCAUCGACUAACAAAACCACGCUGCUGGUGUUUGAAACGUUGAACGAAUUUCGAUUGAAGUUCGAUCUGUAGAUCGGUCAUUAUUCAACAGCAAAAUCGGCGCGUAAACGAGAAGAAAGGGCUUUGCCUUAGGCUUUCCCCAUAUAAAAGGUACCACCCGCUGGGUCGGUUCAACUAGUCCGGUGCGGGUAUUCAACUAUGACACUGUGCAUCGUGCGAUUCUGAAGAUCAAGUGAAAAAGGAUUCUGAAGAUCAAUUGAAAACAAGUGUAGAACUAUGGUCCAUUCAAUGUACAUUUUGACCACGGUGCUGGUUCUAAUGGCUUCGGUUGAAGUUAAUGGAGACGAUGUUGAUUUCCGUGCGUUUGACUUUGGUGAUGAAGAUACGGAGUUUUUCAGUCCCUAUGAGAAAGCGUUCAGUGAUCAUGAGUAUUUUCCGACGGAUUUUAAUCUCGAAAAGUUGGAUUUGAUAUCAGCUGUACCAAAGUUUACGAAGAAGGAGUCAUAUGUGAGUCCCAGUGAGGUCGAAGUGGCACGAGCUAAGCGGAAGGCGGUUUCCAGCGACGAACAAUCGAACGAGGAGGAUGAUGAUGAUGAAGAGACGAACGAGCGGGCGGAUAACUCAGAUGAUUACGCUGAUCGUUACGAACGGUUUGUGAGUCGUCAUUUCCGAGAUCGGGACGAAGAUAAUAAAGAUACCGGGGCCCAGUACGAGUACCACAUUGAUUUUAACCCUUCGGACGACUACGAACGGAUCAAACAAGAAUCCGAGGCUCAGAGUCGUCAACUGGCGAAAGAUCCAGAAAACUGUAAAGCAUACGAACAAGAUGGGAUGUUGUGCCACGCUUGUAAGGAUCCGGCGACGGAUACGACAUCGGAAUCAUGCUCCUACGCGACGGCUCCGCAUCAUAAGAAAUUCGCUUACGUGAAGCAGAAGAACUACAACAGCAACGAUCACGAGAAGGACGAACCGGAAGAGGACGAUCGAGAUGAAGAAGAUAUCGAUGAAGACGAAAAUGUUGAAGAUUCAUCUCAGCGAAAGCGAGUGGUAGUGGAAAGUGUCACCAAAAAGCCACACAAACCUAAGGUAAUACCAACCAAAAAAUCUGUCGUACAUACCAAGCCGGGCCAGGAUAGCGCGAACGGAGGUGGCUACCGGUAUCAGCCAGUCGAUCUGCGGUCGAACAAGAAACGGCCCCAACCGAUUCGAAUGCAACCGGCGGAAGGCAAGAUCGCCCACCCCACUUACUACGAUUUCUACACGCACUUGUUUCCCUCGCAUGGACAAAGCCAGAAGAUGCAGCAACAGGAACCGGCCGAUAGCGACAAUGUGUACGUGCUGAGCUACCGGGAUAAGGAGGAGAUGGCGAAAGUGCUGGCAGAUUUCGCGACACGGGAUUGGUCUAACUGUAAGAAAGCCACCAAAAACGAACUCACCUGCUAUACCUGCACCGACAAGGACGGCGUUAAACACGAAGAAUGUAUGUACGUUUCAGAGUCCCACCCGAGCCCGCAGGUGCUUCCAUCGACGACGACGUCGACGUCAACGGCCAGCCUGGGAAGCACUACCCUACCAGCAGAUGCGGUUAUUCCCAAACCAACCAAACGACCGCAACGCAAAAAGGUUACAUCCGAGAAGAAAUCUACCGCACCGAAACCGAGCAGGAAGCAGUUUUCCGAGAAACUGAUACAGCGGUUGGAACCAAGUGAGCAGGACGGAGCUGAGGUACUUCGCACCGGACAGGACCGGCAGACGGUGAAGCGGACGGUCACCAUCAAAAGUCACGUGGACGGAACGGGACGGGACGCGAUGCUCGAACCGUUGCAAGGUGACCGAGUGGUGCAUUAUGAGCACCAUGUGACUCAUUUAUUGUAA